AUGGGAUAAUCUGCAUCCUCAUAAUUAAAUCCUAAUUCUUCUUCUUUCUUUAAAAUUUUCUAAAGCCAAUUCAAACCAAUUGAUUUAAAAAAUGAAAUUAAAACAGGAUAAAUAUACGUUAAUGAUGCAAAUUAAGAAAUGGUUAUUGAAUUCCCAUAUAGAAUUUUUAAUCAUGAAUCUGAUGAACCUUGGCUGAAAUCCUAAACGAUGAUUAAAAAAAUUUAAGCUCCAUACAUAAUUGAUUAUUAUGGUAGUAUUGAAAAACAAUCAUCAGAAAUGUGUUCAACUUCUACUAUUAUAUUAAGUUAUUUUGAAUACAUACCACAAAAUUUAGAGAAGUAUUUCAUUUUACUUAAGUAGGGAAAUAAAUCAUAGAAAAUAACAUUUAGAAAGAUUUUCUGAAAAAGAAAUAUGGUACUUUCUAUGUUCAAUUACUUAAGCAUUGUAUGAAUUAAAGUAGAAAGGAUACAAUCAUUAAGAUAUUAGACCAGCUACAAUUUAUUUAAAAUCAAAUGGAUAAAUAAAGAUAUGUCCAAUAGGUAUAAUAAUUGAUUAAGAAAAUUCAAUCAAUAAAUUUAUCAUUCAUAAAUCAGAAACAUAUCUUUCUCCUACUUUAAAAAAAUAAUUGGUUCAAAAUUAAUAACCAAAAAUACAAUGGAAUUUAAUUGAUUCUUAUGCUUUAGGAAAUACAUUAUUAGACUUAAUGGUAUUAAAUGAUAUAAAAUAAAUUGAUGAACAACAAAUAUUAGAAUUGCAAAAUUAAUGUUAUAACCAUUAUUCAAUUUAACUAAUUCGAAUAAUGGAAUUAUUAAUGGCAGAAUCAGAAAAUUAAUUAAUAAUAGAUGAUAUUUAUUAUAUCCUUAAACCAUAUCAAAAUAAAAUAAAUAAUUUCUAAGAUUUUGUGAUUAACUAUGAAUAAGUAAAACAAAAUGCUCUUCCAUUAAAUAAUACUUUAAAAUGUAAAUCUGUGAUUGAAAGUUUUCCAUACCGUUACAGUCAUUUAUCCAAUUCUUAAUAACAUUAAAGAACAUAAUCAGAAAUCAUUUAUGAAACAUAAUAAUAAUAGUAAUAAAAUCCAAUAUAAAUAGAAACUUAAUAAAUAAAAUAAUAAAUUUAAUAUUAACAAACCAACAAUAUUGAAUCUUAAAAAUCAUAAUCAAUAAUUUAUCCAUAAUAAAACAUUAUCGAAUAAAAUAAAUAAGUAAAUUAAACUAUGUUCUCAUAACAAUAAUCUUAAUUUUAAAUUUAAGAUUCAAAUCUUGCCUAAUAAUAAUUAUCAGUUACCAAUUAGUAGCCAAAACUUAUUUAAAAAUUAUUAUUAUAAUCAUAAUUAAUUCCAUCCUAAUAAUAACAAAUAGAAACCUUUCCUACUACCUAAAUAUCUCCCAUUAAUCAAAUAACAUAAACUUAUAAUCAAACAUCCCCUUCAAUUCGAAACAAUCCUAAUGUUAUUAUAGGCCCAUCCCCUACCAUUCUAAACUAACCAAUAGACUCCUCAACUAUAUCAACAUUUAAAAAAUAAUAACAAUCCACCCAAAUUCCAUUAGGUCCUAAUCCUAUAUAGUCUACCAUACCUAAUAUAUAAAUUCCAAUAUAAAGAUAUCCUGCUUAAGUAGUAAAUUUAUUAUUAAUUCUUAGAAUUAAGUUUAUGAAUAAAUAAGUCCAAAAACAGAGAUAUAAUCUAGAAAUAUACCUUAAAGUGUUCCUAAUUAAAUUAUUAAUGGAGCAAUAUAAACAGUAAAUCUUCCAAAUAGACCUAUUUAAUAGUAUAAUUUACCAUAUCCUCUUAUUAAUACAUCUUAUUAACCAAAUAAUUAACUUUAAAAUCUAAAUACAUUGAAUCAACCCAUAAAUAAAAUUAAUUACUCAUAAAUUCCUAAUUCAAAUUUUGUUACACCAAUUUAAGAUCAUAAAAUAUCAAAUUAACCUUUGAAAGCUUCAAGUUAGAUAUAUUAUUAACCUCAGUAACCUAUACAAAUCAAAUAAGGCACAUAUGAUAAUUUUAGACCAUAAUAUUAUAAUUUUGAUAGAAUUCAAAAUGUCCUUUAAGAUUCAGAAGAUUUAUUGUAAUAAAUAAAUAAAUGA